GAUGGAGGCAGGCUGACAACUCUGAAAUGCAGCUGAGCAAGAAUAUCAAAAAUCAAACAAAACAAACAAAAUUUCUUUAAAAAUAUAGUUUUUUAAAAUAACAAGACAGUAUUCAUUAACUCAUGGAUUUGAAACGGUCCCCCACGGGGCCUGAAAGCUGCGCAGAUUCCAAGCGUCUUAGGAAGAACAACCUGCUAAAAGGCAACGAGAAGCCGACGGGCGAUGGGAACUCGGCAAAUCUUGGCAAGAAUUUGCAGCCGUGCAUACCCGGCAACUGCUCCGCUUCCUUAACGGAACAGCAGACCGCCGUUGGAGCGCAGCCCGGCUCGUGGGUGGCAGAGUCUAUCAAUUCUGAUUUCGACACAGUCUCGCUUUCGGAAUUCGAUAGGAAUUCUCUAUACAAAAAAGAUCUUCACGGGAACAGACUGUCGCGGCGGGAGGCUGCAAAAAUACGUCGAGAGGACUCGCUCAAGUGCUUGGAGCUGGAGCGCGAGUUCGUCUCUUGUGAAGAUACUCCCUCUGUUGUACUUGUUAUUCGCUUCCCUGAUCCUGAAAUAACUUCGUCCAUGGUGACUGGACUAUCCCCGGCAAUCAGAGAUGUAGCGUUGCCCAGCAACAUAGAGCCGCGCUACUGCAUGGCUCACCUGAAGGCAGGCGCGGACGUGGACGCGACCAUCAGCGAGAUCAACCAGGUGCGAUUUGGCAACGGCUUUCUGGUGGCAGAGCGCAAAGCCUUUUCCGAAGAAGAGGAGGCAAAAUUGAUCGACCCGUGGUGUCUGUAUGUGUCCAACAUACCCUUCAACAUGACCACAUCGGCCAUCAAGGGAUUUUUUGUGAAGUCCAUGAAGGUGGACGUUGGCGUGCUCAGGAAGGAGAAGCGUGCACGAUACGCCUUUGUCCGCUAUGCUUCAACCGAACUAGCCAGAGAGGCGUUUAGGGACUUGUCGGGAAGUCCCCUACAUAACCGCAACCUAACUGUUCGCUUUCGGCGUCUUAAAAGGCGCCCCGGCCAGCUAAAGAUGCAGCGCACCAUAUCGAGCCUAACAAUCAACACAUUGGCCACUGACGAUGACGAUGCCGAGGCGGCGGACGUGGAUUGCAAGGUUAUCACUCCGCCACCUGUUGAGUCAAUCACAAUCAGCGAUAGCGAUGGCAACUGCUCUGACUCGAAUGGUGCCACCAAGGAGAAGGCCAAACGCAAGAUGAAAAUGAGUGAGCAUGAGCUGGAGAUCCAGAAACUGAAGCUCCAAAUGGCUGAAUAUGGUGCCAUCAUAAAGAACCUGCAAGCCAGACAAGAUAUUUCAGAUAUGACACCCAAACUGGAGCCAAAUUCAUAUCCUGAUAUAAGGGGUCCUACGCCCGUCCACCUGAUACAAGACAUCAAAGCGGAGUGUGCCUAUUUAGGUCUGCCAGAGGUCAUCACAGAACCCGAACCCGCUUAUCGCCCAACGACGCUGCCUACGGAAAAGCUUGGCCAGGAUACUGAUCCUCAAAAGACCAAAAAAUCAUUUUCUCUUGGACGGCUGCUUUCAGGUCUCGCCAGGCUCGCCAAGAGUCCAAAACCGGCCGAAGACAAGACGACGGCAUCAAAGGGUACCCAAGCCUCCCCGGAAAGGGAUGCACGACUGGAAGAGCUUUACGCUCAGUUGGAAACCGAUAUCGAUCCCUAAAAUGUUUUAUUAGGUACGAAUAUUUCGUCCUCUUGCCAAAUUUGUUGUGCUACAUUUUUUUUGCAAAUGUAAAUAACAAGUCAGUU